GCUGAUUUGAUAACACUGCAAUUUGCACAGUUUGAUGACGCGACUUUCUCUUGGUCGACAACUGCCUGAGCCUGAGCAAGACAACCACCGCGGAACAAGAAUCACAGACAGAGCCAGACACGAUGCCGUUCUCACAGAAGGGGGAGGAAGGUCGCUAUGUGACCGAGCUGGAGGCUGCAAAGGCAGUGCGGUCCGGCAACGUGUACUUUGGCAACCGCAUUUGCCCCUUUGCGCACAUGGCUUGGUGGACAUCCAAGGAGGUUGGAUUCGAGUCCAUGAUGGACUACAUCCACGUUGAGCUGGGCGACAACAAGCCAGCCUGGUACGCGGGAAUCAACCCGCUCGGCACUGUCCCUUGUCUCUACGUCGACGGCCAUCGCAUCUGCGAAAGCAAGAUCAUCGUCGAGUACAUGAACGAGAAGAUGAAGGGCACCCUUCUUCCUGAGGAUCCCAUCAAGCGUGCUGAUGCUCGCUUCCUCAUCGCCAUGUGGGGCGACAAGGUCUUUGCCAAACUGUACACGGUGCUCCGGACCACAGAUCCCUGUGACCGGCAGUGCGCCUGGGAGCAGCUGCUUGAAGUGCUGUCCUUCUUCGACCACGCCUACGAAGAGAGCAAGAGCAAGGACGGCCCCUACUUCAUGGGCAAUGACCUGAGCAUGGUUGAGAUUGUCAUCAUGCCAUUCAUCGCCCGCUUCGCCACACUGCUGCCCCACUACCACGGCCUCAACUUCUUCAAGGACCGCCACAUCCCAACGCUGGAGCGGGCGUACCGGGAGGUGCUGAAGCGGCCGGCGUUUGCUGCGACGAAGCUUGACGCAGAGCUGUGCAUCCAGUUCUACAACGCAUAUGUCCACGGCUCCAAGGCCAUUGUCAAGAAGAAAGACUGCACGUGCAAGUGGCGCACGCCCGGAUAUGUGCUUGCUGGCGCAGCGGCCGGUUUCGUUGCUUGCAAGCUCUUCUGCAAGCGAUCCUGAUGUGUGUGCAUGUGCAUGUGUGUGCAUGUGCUUGCAUGUGUGUGCUUGCAUGUGUGUGUGUGC